AUGGACAUAGCAAUGAUUCAGGCUAAUGUUGUUGAGGAUAGAAAAGCCACCUUGGCUAGAUUUCUAAAUGGGUUGAAUCGGGACACUGCUAAUGUUGUUGAGCUACAACACUAUAUGGAGCUAGAGGACAUGGUUCACAUGGCUACGAAGGAGUUUGAUGAUGUGUUCCCCGACAAUACUCCUAGCGGAUUACCACCAUUGAGGAGGAUAGAGCAUCAGAUUGAUUUCGUACUCGGAGCUUCAAUUCCUAACCGACCAGCCUAUAGAAGCAAUCCCGAGAAGGUAAAGGAGCUUCAAAGGCAAGUUGAUGAGUUGAUGGAAAAGGGGUACAUUCGUGAGAGUAUUAGCCUGUGUGCUGUACCCAUGCUUUUUGUGCCUAAGAAGGAUGAAAUAUGA